AUUUGGCAAUACUGGGCAAAAUUCAGUAACUGGAGGGCCAAGGAAACGCUGACAGCGGAGAUAGUGGUGAAAGUUGCAGAUUUUCAACAACAGAUUCAAAGUGUGAAGCAUGUCGGGAAUCGCGGCUACUCGGUUGGCAGAGGAGAGAAAAGCUUGGCGCAAAGAUCACCCCUUCGGAUUCGUAGCCAGGCCGUCAAAAAACGCCGAUGGAUCCCUGAAUCUUAUGAACUGGGAAUGCUCGAUUCCCGGAAAAAAGGGAACCCCAUGGGAAGAGGGCCAUUACAAACUGAGAAUGUUGUUCAAGGAAGAUUAUCCGACCAGUCCACCGAAAUGCAAAUUCGAGCCACCCCUAUUUCACCCGAACGUCUAUCCAUCGGGCACCGUCUGUUUGUCGCUGCUCGACGAAGAAAAGGACUGGCGCCCAGCCAUCACCAUUAAACAAAUCCUAUUAGGUAUUCAAGAUCUGCUUAACGAACCCAAUGUCAAGGAUCCUGCCCAAGCUGAAGCAUACACAAUUUACUGCCAAAACCGACUGGAGUAUGAAAAGCGGGUCAAGGCCCAAGCUAGGGCAAUGAGCCAUCAAGAGUUGUAAUUUAGUAAUAAAAAACUUGUUAGGUUAAACCUGGUGGGUUUGCCCAAGACAGCGGUAAGCUAAGAUUAAGAAUUCAAAACCUGACUGUCCAAAUUUAUAAAAUGCCAGGAUGUUACUUAGAAAUCAUCUGCGCGAAUUCCAUGUCAAUUGUUCCGGUCUAUGUGAAGUAUUACGAAUGAAUAAUUGUCUUACCCUA